UUACUCCCUCCCUCCCUCCCUCCCUCUCUCUCUCUCUCUCUCUCUGUGCCACAGCAAUGGACUGCCGAGCUGCUUUCAAAACCAGUUCUCGCAAGGACGCCACUGUCAAAUUCAGCCCCCACGCGUUUCUUGAGGACCUGUCCGCUUUCAAUGUGUCCACUCUCACCCCUUCGGACGACUUCUUUGUGGACGACCUUCUCGACUUCUCCCACCUAGAUGCCCUCCCCGAACAACAGGAACAGCCUCUCUCUCUUUCUCCUCCCCCACUGCCCCAAACUCCUCUCACUUUUUCUGUCACAGACGGCUUCGCCUCUGCCGAACUCAUCCUUCCGGCCGAUGACGAGGCAGACUUGGAGUGGUUGUCUCAUUUCGUCGACGACUCCUUUCUGGAAUACUCCUCCGCCUGCCCUGCCGGAACCUCGACGGCAAUUCCCGUGACCAAGACGGACAAAGUACUUGAAUCCGAAACCCCUGCUGUAACCUCGCCCUGCUUCCUCACCCCGAUUCCUGCCAAGGCCAGAAGCAAACGAAAACGAACCGGUGUUCAGGUUUGGUCGCUGGGCUUUCCUCCCGUGGCCGAGCCAUCAUCCUCCACCUCCUCCUCGUCAUCCUCCUCCUCGUCUCCUUCCAGCACGUGGCUAAUUUAUAACAACGGUGCCCCUAAUCCGCAGCUCGUCGCCUCCGAGGCGAAGAAACCGAAGAAAAGAACGGCUGAUGAGGCGGCUCCGGCGUCGCGGAGGUGCAGCCAUUGCGGCGUGCAGAAGACUCCGCAGUGGCGGACGGGGCCGCUGGGAGCAAAAACGCUGUGCAACGCGUGCGGGGUCCGAUAUAAAUCGGGUCGUCUCUUACCUGAAUACAGACCCGCGUGCAGCCCGACGUUCUCCAGCGAAUUGCACUCGAAUCACCACCGUAAAGUGCUGGAGAUGCGACGGAAGAAGGAGAUGAGUGAGACGGGGUCUGGUUUGGAGGCUCCGCCUGCUGUCCCUUAGUUUUUGAUUAACGGACAAAAUUUAGGUAGGAGAAAAAUAGCCGAGGAAGGAAUAGAAUAAUUAAUUUAGCAGACUUAGGGUGGGGUGGACGUGGCCCCGAGCCGGUGUAAAUUUUUUUUUUUUUAAUUUUUCUUCAAACUUUUUUCACGUGGUUGGUGCGUUAGGUGGUAGUCCCCUGUAACUCAUUAAAAAUGAAUUCGAUUUGUACACCUUUUUAAUUUA